AUGGACAUUCUCCGCAAAAUCGUGGCCUCCCCACGCGCUCGCCACGACGAAGCCAACCUUGAUCUCUGCUACGUUACAGACAACCUCAUUGCCACCAGCGGUCCCUCAGGCACAUACCCACAGAUCGUCUACCGAAAUCCACUUUCGCAGCUCGUCAAAUUUCUCGACUCCAAACAUGCCGACAACUGGGCGAUAUGGGAGUUCCGUGCAGAAGGAACCGGCUAUCCUGACGAUGAAGUCUACAACCGCAUUCGACAUUACCCUUGGCCGGACCACCAUCCUCCACCCUUCGCACUGGUCCCCUUGAUGAUGGCAUCCAUGCGAGAAUGGAGGAGAGGAAAUGACAACCGAGUCUGUGUGGUGCAUUGUAAAGCUGGAAAAGGAAGAAGUGGGACAGUGAGCUGUUCUUACCUCAUCAGUGAAGAAGGGUGGACGGCUACAGAUGCCAUGCAGAGGUUUACGGAGAAGAGAAUGAGGCCUGGAUUUGGAAGUGGAAUAUCCAUUCCUUCGCAAGUCAGGUGGGUAGGGUAUGUCGAUCGGUGGACAAAGGGUGGCAAGAUUUAUGUUGAGAGACAAGUUGAGGUCAUGGAGGUGCACGUUUGGGGACUACGCGAUGGUGUAAAGAUUUCGGUUGAAGGCUACGUGGACGAAGGAAAGGUCAUCAAAAGUUUCCACACCUUUUCAAAAGCCGAAAGAGAUAUCGUCAAAGGGGGCAUCAACAGAGAGAAUGGGUUCGCGGAUGUGGCAUGGCAGUUGAUGGGAAAGAAGGAGAAGGAGAAUGCACAAGACGCCAACAAGGACAACGCAGAGGAGAUCAAGACUGCUGAAAGAGUUGACUCCGACGUUUUUCAACCCUCAUCUGGAGACGUCAUAUUCCGGCCUUCUUCUCGCGUGGUGCUCCCUUCCAGCGACAUCAAUAUCGACUUCGAACGCCGCAAUGUCUCGAAAUAUGGAGGCUUUACCAUGGUCACCUCGGUUGCUCAUGUUUGGUUCAACACAUUCUUCGAAGGCCGCGGUCCCGAGCAACAAGGCAUCGCUGACGAUGCUGGCGUUUUUGAGAUUGAAUUUGAUGCCAUGGAUGGGAUCAAGGGUAGCAGUAGGAAGGGUACCCGUGCGUUCGACAAGAUGUCUGUGGUAUGGAAGGCUGUCACUGAUGAGGGAGGGAAUCAUACUCCAGGUGUCGUGAUCACUGAGCCCAAAGAAGGCGAGGAAGUUCCUCAAGCUCGUCCGGCUGACUGGAAGAAAGGAAACGAUGAGAAGAGUGAGGACUUCGAGAAGAAGUUGGGAAUGAGGGAGGCAACGAGUGAAAGUGCCGACAUCAGUCGAGCGAGUAGUAUGCGCACUGAUACGACUGUUGAGAGCGACAAGAAAGAUGAACUGGAGGACGUGCGGCCUUUUACCGGAACGAAGUCAGGGGAAGUGGCAGAGAAACGAGGAACAAAAGAGGAGAAUCCAAACAGCCGAAAACAGCAUACGACCGCAGACUCUAUGAAUUCCGAGAACGAACGUCCAGCCCGACCUCAGCCAACCGCGGCCUUACAGAAUGAAUCCUCCAUUAAGACCCUGCCAGAUACCACAGUAACGAAGGAACAGAUUGAAGGGACAGUAGAGCGUAUACGCGAGACGAGUCCUACGACCAUUCGGUCCGCAGCACCCUCGAGCGGCAACGAGACCAGAGCAGCCGAAGAAGGCGCACAUCCUCCGACAGCAAAUCUUCCUGGUGGGAUUUCUGAAGACCAAAUGCCGACCCAUCAUAAUCACAUGCUAGGGAGUGUGAAGCUGGGCAAGAACGUUGACAGCAGUUCUUGA